CGAGCGACUCGCAUAUCAUCGUCGCCAGGGAAAAUAACAGAGAGAGACGCGAGAAUCUCAGAGAUCUUGGAUCAAACGCUCUUCCUCCCACAGAAUUUAGAAACCACGAGGGAAGAAGAAGAACAACAACGACAACGCAAAGAGCAGUGAAGAAUAAGAAGAAGAAGCAAUCUGAUUACGGAGAAGGGAGGAGAAGAUGUUGCCGACGACCUCCAGAUCUCGCUCUUCAUCUUCUUCAUCCCGAGCUAAUCCAAUGUUCCUUCAGUACUUUCGCCGCAUCGUAAAGUGGCAGCAAAUGGAUAUUGAAUAUACUUUCUGGCAAAUGCUUCACUUAUGCACAUCACCAAAAGUUGUCUACCAGCACACUAAGUAUCACAAACAAACUAAGAACCAAUGGGCACGUGAUGACCCCGCUUUUGUUGUGAUCUGUAGCCUGCUUCUUGCUGUUGCUACCAUAGCUUAUUGUGUCGCGUAUGACCACAGUGUCUCGCACGCUCUGUUCGUAGUUUUCUCAGUUUUGCUUCUCCAUUUCUUUACCAUUGGAGCAACUGUAGCUACAUGCUGUUGGUUUCUCACGAACUCUUACCUUCGGGAGGAGACUCCUAACAGUCAUGUAGUGGAACAACGUGUUGAAUGGCUGUAUGCGUUCGAUGUUCACUGCAACUCAUUUUUCCCAAUGUUUGUGCUGCUUUAUGUUGUGCAUUAUUUCUUGUCACCUCUUCUGAUAACACAUGGGUUCAUCUCUGCAUUGCUUUCGAAUCUGCUUCUCAUGGUCGGGGCUUCUUACUACCAUUAUCUCAACUUUCUAGGAUAUGAUGUCCUUCCCUUUCUGGAGAGAACAACGUUUUUCCUCUACCCGAUUGGGAUAGUGAUAGUCCUCUCCCCUAUUUUGAUCUUAAGCGGCUUCAAUCCUUCGAGAUAUUUUAUGAACAUCUACUUCAGCCGAAUAUUGUGAUGAGAUUACCAAUCCCUGAUAAGAGCAUCCGUGAAUCCAAUGGGCUCUGCAAAUACAUCACGGAAAAUAGAAUGGGUAAGAUUCACGAACCCGGAACCCGAAAAACAGAUCAUGAUUAAUAUCUUGCUCCGUUUGGGUCUGGCACCACCUACUAUACUAAUAGAGCAACUAGAAACCAGCAGCGAAAUUUUCUGAACCCGAAAAAUUUGCUUUUCAUUGAUCCUCAUUAUAGAUGUUCAAAACGUAGUGUGAUUUUGGCAUAUGCAUCUUCGUUUUGUUUUAGGGCGCUUUUGGGUGGUUUUUUUUUUUGGGGCAUGUAGGGGUUGGAUCUUAAGUUGGAUAUGGUCUCUUCGAGGCCAAAUGAGUAAAAUAUAGCCAUAUUAUUUUCAAUGUAUGGUCUAUAAUUGCAAUCUUUUCUGUUGUAUUGUCCCUUUCGGCUUAUAAAUCAUUCAUGUUUCUCUA